GUAGUCAAAGUUUUGUUUUUGUCGAGAGAGGUUUUGUGUUUUUCGGAGACUAGACGACAGUAAAAUUAUUUCUUGAAAUGUCACAAAAAGGCGAAGCAUUUGAUUCUAAUUGCAUGACCUUGACAAGGUUCGUGCUUCAGGAACAGAGGAAGUACAAGGGAGCAACAGGUGACUUAACUCAGUUGCUAAACAGCAUUCAGACAGCAGUCAAGGCCAUAAGUUCAGCUGUAAGAAAAGCUGGAAUAGCGCAGUUAUAUGGCAUUGCUGGCGAGACAAACAUUCAGGGUGAAGUCGUCAAGAAGCUCGAUGUUCUUUCAAAUGACAUGUUCAUUAAUAUGCUUCAAUCGUCCUACACGACAUGUAUGCUAGUCUCCGAAGAGAAUGAGACUGCCAUUGAAAUUGAGACUGAUAAGCAAGGAAAAUACAUUGUUUGCUUCGAUCCACUUGAUGGAUCAUCGAAUAUUGAUUGUCUUGUGUCGAUCGGAUCCAUAUUUGGAAUCUACCGAAAAAUAUCAGAAGGGGCACCAACAGUUGCUGAUGCUUUACAACCGGGAAGAAAACUCGUCGCUGCUGGUUACACUCUUUAUGGAUCAGCAACAAUGUUUGUGCUAGCACUUCAAUCUGGUGGCGUUAAUGGAUUCACUUACGAUCCAAGCAUCGGCGAGUUUGUUCUCACCGAUUUCAAUAUGAGAAUUCCUGAACGAGGAAAUAUUUACUCCAUUAAUGAGGGCUACUUUACUCAGUGGGAUAGAAGCGUUCAGGAAUAUGUGCAAGCGAAAAAAGAUCCAACUAAGGGAAAGACCUAUGGAGCCCGUUACGUUGGAUCGAUGGUUGCAGAUGUUCACAGAACCAUUAAAUACGGGGGAAUCUUCAUUUACCCUGCGACAACAUCGUCGAAAAAUGGCAAACUUCGUCUACUUUACGAAUGCAAUCCAAUGGCGUAUAUCGUUGAAAAAGCUGGUGGCAAAGCGAGUGCUGGAAAAGUUGAAAUUCUCGAUGUUGUUCCAACAGCAAUUCACCAACGCUCACCAAUUUAUUUGGGAAGCAAACUCGACGUCGAAGAAGCACUCAGUUACAUUAAGUAAUUUUCUUUGUUCCCGACUCGUUUAAAAUGCAUUAGAUUACUUUUUUUUCUCUUUUUCUACACUUUUUAAAUUGCAAAACUUGUGGAGAGUUCCAGAAGUAAUGACACAAAGACAUGUUAAAUUGUAAUCUCUUUUAAUCUUUCUUUUUUAAUAAAUAUUUUACUAUCUCAUAGUUCUUGAAAAUAAUUUUAAUAAAUUGCUUUGAAUUAUUUACUUUAAAUUUAAAUUUUGUCUACAAUGAAUUUUCAUGAAACAUAAUUAAAUAAAAUUUUAUUUAGUGUUUUAA